AUGAAGACAAUUGAUGACAUUACCGAUAAUCUAGCCGGCGCACAGAUCUUUAGUACAUUAGAUGCUAAUUGCGGUUUCUGGCAGAUUCCUCUUGAUGACGAGAGUUCAAAACUUCUCACAUUUAAUACGCCCUACGGCAGAUAUAGAUUUCUUAGAUUACCUUUUGGAAUCAACUCUGCUAGUGAGAUAUUUCAGAGAAUUAUGACCGAUAUGUUCAGCGACAUAGAAGGUGUAGAGGUUCUGGUAGAUGACAUUCUAAUAUAUGGCCCCUCAGAAAGUGUCCAUGAUCAAAGGUUGAAGCAAGUACUAGAAAGGUGCAGAGAAAAAUGCAUCAAACUCAACCCAGACAAAUGCCAUAUCAGGCAAACACAGGUCACAUACAUGGGACACAUAGUAUCUACAGAAGGACUAAAACCAGACCCAAAGAAAAUAGAGGCAAUCACAAAGAUGCCUACCCCACAGAGUAAAAAGGGUGUUCAACAAUUCCUAGGAAUGGUAAACUACUUGGGCAAGUUUAUCCCUAACUUGACGGAGAAAUCAGCACCAAUUAGAGUACUGCUAGAAAAAGAUGUGGCAUGGCACUGGGAUGACAAAAAAGAAGCAAGUUUCAAAGCGCUUAAAGAAGCGGUAACAAAUGCUCCAGUGUUAAAGUACUACGAUGUAAGUAAACCAGUCAAGUUAAGCGUAGAUGCAUCGCAAGCAGGCACGGGCGCAGUCCUACUACAAAAUGGACAUCCAGUGGCAUAUGCGUCAAAAGCAUUUACCGAUGCUCAGACACGAUAUGCCCAAAUUGAGAAGGAGCUAGCCGCGAUUGUAUUUGGUUUGUCAUCACAACACCGCUACAGCAAUCUUCGCUUCUCCACGGAACCCAGAGAUGCACUGGUUGUCAACGGUUCUGGUCUUACACUCAAUUGCUCUUCCCAGCUAUCCAAUGGUAUCGUCAUCGAGUGGUACAAGGAUGGCAAUAAAAUCUCUUAUUCAGACUCGAUCUACUACAGCCUCCUAUCAUCAGGGGCAUUGCAGAUCAUGCCUCGUACUCCAGUCUCCUUGCUGACUGGGGACUUCUACUGUACCACUUCCUUGAAAAAUUCUCUAGAAGACACCAUUAGAAGUCGCAGCGCUCGUGUCACACUUGCAACUCUUGGAGAAGUGCGUUCCCCGUUUGGUGUGACAGUAUACCCAGGAGAUACAGCUAGAUUUGAAUGCGAGGUGAAUGGUACGGUACCAAAGGUCACAACGUGGCUUAAAGAUGGCCAGUUGAUCGAUCUGACUGAAGAACGGUAUGCAUCUCGCUAUACUCUGCUUCCCAGUGGAGCACUUGAGAUUCGGGACGUGAGGGAGGGCGAUGCAGGUCGCUAUCGGUGCAAAGUAGAGAGCCCUCUAUUGCCAAAUGAAAGAAGACGUAGUAAUUCUGCAGGGCUGGUAGUGAUGACAGAACCAGCACCAGCCCGGCGUCCAGAGGACUUGGCCUUCCUAGUAGCUCCUGGACCAAGCCCGAUAGAAGCCUUGAUAGGUAGUACUAUCACUCUUGAAGCUGCUACUACAGAACCAGCUACCCUAGAGUGGUAUAAGGGAGAAAAAAAGAUAAAUAUGCAAGGUGACCAUUACAGAAGACUAGGACAAGGGAGUCUGCAGAUAACCAACCUAGGAGAGAUAGAUACUGGCAUCUAUCGAGUGGUUGCCACAUCUAAACUUGAUCACAGCACAGUGGAAAGAGGCGUAAGGGUUGUCGUACAAGUUCCACCCAUAUUCCUAGACGAGCCCACCAACAGAUACGCUAGGUUGGGGACCACUGAGGUCCUGCAGUGUACUGUGUACGGUAUCCCGACGCCAACCAUCAAAUGGAAGAAGAAUGGGAUCGAUGUGGAUGUGGCUGAAGAUUUCUAUAGAAUUGAUGAUCGUGGGGGGCUGGAGAUCAGUGGGUUGCAAGAGGAGGACUCUGGUAUCUACCAGUGCCUUGCCAGUAACCUUCGAGGCAACAUUCAAUCUACAGCUGAGUUGAUAGUGCUUCCUGAUGGUAAGUUGAACCAUCUUUUACCUCUUGAAAGGGGCAUUUACUCCUCUUACAGAACGUUGAUAAUAUCUAAUAGUAUUCAUAUGAAGCACCUUUAUGGACAAUCCCUGAUCAAGUUUUCAAAGAGCAUUGCAUCAAUCAAUUCAAUUAGAUCUAAAUGAUUCAGUCUGAUGCACUGGAAUAAAACAGUAAGAUAAACCCUAAUAAUUUAUCAUUCCUAUUAUGUAUUCUAAUUCUUAUUCUUAUAAGUAAAUAUCAAUAUUGUUCAUUAUUCUUUCUUCUUUAAUGCAACAUUAUUUAUAACACUACCAGAACUUUUUAAUUCAGUGCAAUGGAAGUUAUUAAAUUGUAAUUGGAAACGACUAAGAAUUGUACAAUUGUUUUAUGAUAGUGCGUUUUUCACAUGUCAUGAAUCAUUUUCACGAUAGGAAUUUUUUUUUUUUUAAUACAAUUUGUAACGGAUUUAAUGUUCUGCCAAUGGUUUCACAUCAAAUAACUUAGCUACAACAAAUAUCAUUAAGAGAUUUGGUCUAGGUGUCAUAGAAAACCUACAUUCCCUUCUAUAAUUUGUUUGUACAUUUUAAACUACAACCCACUUUUCCUUCAACAAGUCAUUAUGUUUUCCACUAACUUUAACUCUACAUGUAUCGAUCCUACUAGAAUGGGGCCAUGAUACUAUCACAUGUGACAUAGGAUACUAUUCAUUUGUUUCUAUCGCAUUUAUUCUUUUCACGAAGUGUCAACCACACAAUAAUUAAAAGUGUUCCCAUGACAUCUUAGAUUACCACAAUUGUCUAUUCUUUCACUACAGUCAAAAGCAAAAGCCUGAAAAACAAGUAAAAUCCCCUGUAAUACAAAUAUUACCAAGCGCAGGUGCAGGAGGUCCAGGCUUGCAUAUUGUACAGUAAAAUAAGGUACUGGUAUUCAAGCCAUGAAAAGUAUUGCCAUCGAUCUAGAAAAAUUCAAUACAAUCAUUAUUGAUUACUCCUAAGUUAUGCAAAUUCAUUGCUUUUGACAGUACAACAGAUAUUAUACCAAGGCAAUUUUUAUGUUUUGUCAUUGUUUUAUAUUGAUUUGAUGUCAAUAAUGAAAUUUGUUAUAGGAAUAGUUUGAUAUCUAUAAGAGAUGUUGACGUCAGAGUUUAAGGCAAAGUAGGAUAGUACCCUUUGGGGUUUGGAGUUUCUAUUUUGAAUAAUGUACAAAGUAUGACUUCAACAUAAUCUGACAAGAAUUGUAAGUAGUAUUUUGAUAAAAGUUCCCUGGGCGCACUUAUAUGUAUUUUCAAAUUGUAUCAAAACUUUAGAUAUCAGGAUAAAACAAUAAUAAUCAACAUAGCAAGUAGAGGUAUCUGCUGGAGUGCUGGAAAAUAGGAUAUGACGUAAAAACGUUGAUGUCAGAUUGCAUAAGCAUGCGUGAAGAUGCUUUUUGGAAGGAUAUAAAACCAUCUGUGACAGUGAUAUUACAAAGCUUUAAGCCUUGACACAAUGAUCAACCGCUAGCUAAUGAGAUAACAGCUUCUGUUUGCUUUAAAUAGUCAUGAGGAUCGUAAGAAAAACUAGGUCAAAUAAAUCAGUUUCAAGAGUCAGAACGGGAGGAACACUACUGAUGCUGUUGUUGAGUGAGCUGGGACUAAUUUAUUGUGAAAUGUAGCAAGCUGCAAGCCUAUUCGUACAAUAGGAUAAUGGGGGUCUAUUAGGCAUUGGAAGCCUCAUCAUGUAGAGAGAGAGAUACACACCAUAUGUUAUUUUUUGUCUUUUUUCUCAAAUUUGGGGAUUUUUUAAAUAUCAAAUUUCUGUCCAUUCCUGAGAAGUUUACAAUAUGUAACAGGAAUGUAGCUUGCAGAUUCUAUUUCUUUUCUGUCUUAUUAUUAUGUUUCUUUCUGAUAAUUAUGAUUCUUGAUUAAUCAUUCUACUUGAUAAGUUCAGAGGUAUAUUUUGAGAAAAUGGUUGUUACAUGAUUGAUUUCUCUUCUAAUUUUGAGUAAAACUAAAUUUUUUGUAACACAUUUUACAAUUCUGUGAAAUUGUCAUAAAUAUAAACCAAAAUGAACUGAAAUAAUGCACUCAAUCUUGAAAGAGACAGUACCACAUGAUUAUUAUUGUUUAUAAAUGAAAUAGUUACCUCACUGCUUUACUUUGUAAAACUUUCCUACUAAGACUCAGUAUUUCACCCACCAUUCUAAUGUCUUUCAUCACAAGAGCUUUCUUUGAGAAACUGCUGCUGCUGCUGCGGCCGAGUGUCGUCUUACCGUGCAUUAUUCAUACAACGGGCUAAGGAACUGGGAAGAAUCAUUGCUAAUUCAGCACUCACGCGCGUGACUAAAAAUUCAUGCAGAACCUGGACAUGAGGAUUAAUUCAAUCACACUCCAGCCCUGGACUCUCUGCUGAAUAUGAAGCUUGUCUUUCUCAAAUGCUGUUUAUGCCUUGAACCAAGGUACAGUCCAUGCCAAUUUGCAACCGGAGAGACAAAAUGGGAUCAUGUUGAGAUCUUUUAUUCAUUAUUUUUACAUAUAAAUUCAUCUCCUCCUAACAAAUUGUGUCUCUGUCUGGGAAGAGAGGUAGAAAACAAACAAAUUAUUCAAUGAAAUACUGGAGACAGAUGUGUUUGCCUUUAAAGACCAUAUCAGAAGUUAAAACAUCUGUAUAUAUCAGUGUAAAGAUAAAGAGAAGUAUAAUACAAUAGAGGUUUCACACAUUUUACUGCUGAUCAUUUUCCUUUAGAAAUCCUCAAAUCUGCAAGCUCUUAGAAUUGACCAUACUAUGCUGCUUACUGGCCUGAGUUUUAAGAGGAUUUGAAAAUAAGCAUUCUGUAAAUUUUCGAAUAUUUUUGAUUGAGGUAUUUUGAUAUCUACUUUAGAUAAAAUUUACUGGUCUAUUUCCCAAUCUGUUUAAUUCACCUUGUCUUACAACACAUACAACAAAUUUCACAACAAAUUUCAUUAAACAUAAGCUCAGCAAAUAUUUUAAUAUCAUUAUCCUCUAUCAUGUAUUUCAAGUGUUCAUUUAUCUGUUAUUGUCAAUAAAUACAAUUAUAGGCUGCAGUACGGAAUAGACCAUCUUAAGAUCAAUUAAACAAAUAAGAAAAGAAGGAAGCUGGAAAUGAAUUCUCAACUAGUAAUAAAUAUGUCACUUUCACAAUUUAUUUAUGAAUAAAACAUUUCUAUAAUUUAACUUAAUGU